AUGCUGGUCAACAUAAAAAGUCUUUUUACUUUGGCUGCGGCGACAGCACUUGUUCGUGGACAAGAGCAAGCCACUGCGCCAGAAGAUUCCGCGGUCGUCAGACUUACUACGGAUACCUUUGAAGAUUUUGUCAAGACGCACCCACUUGUUUUAGCAGAAUUUUACGCACCUUGGUGUGGUCACUGCAAAACGCUUGCCCCACACUACGUGGAGGCUGCUGCGGCACUUGAGAGUAAGAACAUUUCCCUAGCUCAGAUUGACUGUACUGUUGAACACGACCUAUGUAUGGAACAAGGUAUUCGUGGAUACCCUACAUUGAAGGUGUUCAAGAGCAACCAAUUCGAAAGUCCAGCGGAAUAUCAAGGCGGCAGAACUGCUGACGCGAUUAUCUCGUACAUGGUUAAGCAAUCUUUGUCCCCGGUCACUGUUCUAGAGGGCGAAGACGCUGCUGCUGACUUUAAGGAUCUAUUGGAAGAGUCUGGACAACCAGUCAUCGUUGACUCUGGUGUCGAAGGUGCCAACGCCACGUUUUACGAGUUAGCUGAUCUCUUUAGAGAUGACUUCACUUUUGUGCAAUACGCUCAAGAGGGCAAGGGCAAUCUAGCCAUUUACCUACCAAAGUCUGAUGAUCCUAUUGUUUACGAUGGCAAGCAGACUACUCUAGCUGAUCUUUUGGAAUGGCUCUCUGUUGAGACCAAACCAUACUUUGGUGAAAUCAGCGGAGAAACCUACCAAAGCUACAUGGCCUCGGGUCUACCACUCGCGUACUUUUUUUACUCCUCCCCUGAGGAACGUUCCACCUACGAGGAAUUUUUCACCAAAUUAGGCAAAGAACACAGAGGUAAGUUGAAUUUUGUUGGUCUAGACGCCAGCUUGUACGGUAAACACGCCGAGAACUUGAACAUGAAAGAGCAAUUUCCUCUAUUUGUGAUUCAUGACUUGGGGAAGAACCUCAAGUAUGGUCUACCACAAUUGUCUGAGGAAGAAUUUGAAAAACUAGAGAAGUCUUUGGAACUAAAGACGAAGGAUGUGGCCAAAUUCGUCAAGGACUUUUUCGCAGGCAAAUUGGAAGCAGUCGUCAAGUCCGAAGAAAUUCCUGAAGUUCAAGAGUCUUCUGUUUUCAAGAUCGUCGGUAAGAACCACGACGAAAUCAUCAACGACGCCGAAAAGGAUGUGUUGGUUAAAUAUUACGCUCCGUGGUGUGGCCAUUGCAAGAGAUUAGCUCCUAUUUUCGAAGAACUUGCUGAAGUUUAUGCUUUUGACUCUGAUGCUAAGGACAAAGUCCUAAUCGCUGAUGUCGAUGCUACUUUGAACGAUGUCAACGUGGAGAUUGAAGGAUACCCAACUUUGUAUCUAUACCCAGCCGGUAACAAAUCCGUUCCUGUCGUCUACCAAGGCGCAAGAACCAUUGAGUCCUUCUUGGAGUUCAUUGAGGAAAAUGGAUCCAAUGGUGUUAACGGAGCCGAAAUCCUAAAGCGGAAAGCUGCCGAGCAGGAGGCCGCCAUUGAGGACGGAGAUGCCGAAGAAGAAGAAGUCGUGGAAGAGGCUGAAGUUGAGCACGAUGAGUUGUAA